UCAUUCAUUCAUUCGCCAGAGCGCUUCGUACGUGCAGAGCAGCAGAAUCCUCGUUGUCAUUAUUAUCGUUACGAUCAUUUUCACGGCAGUCAGGGUUAUACUCUGCUGCCGCUCGGCUUAGUGGAAAGAACUAAGAUGGGACGCGGGCUCCCAUCCCGGCUCCGCCUCCUGUCUGCUGGGUGACCCGCUGGGCCUCAGUUCCCUCAUCUGCAAAAUGGGGAUGAAGACUGCGAGCCCCACGUAGGACAACCUGGUCACCUCGCCUCUCCCCCGGCGCUUAGAACAGCGCUCGGCACCCAUUGCUUCCUUUUCCAGCGAUCGAUGCUGACGUCUGUGUCCCGUUUGCCGGCUCGUUGGAGGCCGAAGGUGUCGUCCACCGACCGUAUUGUACUUUAGUACAGCGCUCCGCACAGCGUGCUCAGUGAGCAACCCUGAUCGAUAGAAAUAAACAUCGGUGCCGUUCGAGCAGAGGAGCGGCCCGGGAUGGUGGCCGUGACGGCGCCGGGAGAGCGGGCGUGGGCCGGGCGGCCGGCCGACGGCGUCCCGGAGCCUCCCCGGCGGCGGGCCCGAGAGAGCCGACGGCCCGGAGCGGGAACCCCCUCAGCGUGAUGUGGCCGGGCCCCCCGGGCCGGACCGCGGGCCUGCCGGAGGGGACGCCGCCCUGAGCGAGUUCCAUGCGCCACCCUCAGGCCGAGCCGUCGCCGGAGCCCGGCCCCUCUCGGCCCCCGGCGGGCGGGCCGGGGGGCCGGGGCGCCGGCCUGCUCAUGGGCUUCAGCCGGGCCGCGGGGGCCGGUCCCCGCGGGGUCUACCAGGUGUCCGUCUUCUCCCCGCCGGCCGGGCCCCCGGAGGCCCGCGGGUCCCUGAAGCGUCCGGGCCCCCCGGCCGGGGGCCCCUGCGAGCCCAAACGGGGCCCCGGAUGCCCCGGGGACCGGAGCCCCCGGAGCCGGGGCGGCGGGAGGCCCCCGGGGCGGCCCCCGGGCCGGGGGCGCCCGGCCGGCCGCGCGGGAAACGACGCCGACCCGCACGGGCACGCGGGGGACCGCCCGGCGGGGCUGGGCGACGGGGGCGGCCCCUGGCCCGGCGAACCCCCGGGGACCCCCAACGGACGCGGUCACGAGUGCACUCCCCCCGGGCCGCCGCCCGCCGGGCCCUGCCCCGCCAAGCGGCGGCUGAUCCCGGCCGGGGAGGGCCCCGACGCCGGCCCGCGGGACGAAGGCCCGGCCUCCCGGAGGCAGCGGGGGACGCCGCCCGGCCCGGCCCCGCCGGCCCGGGGCCCCGACGCCAAAGCCGUGCCCUUCCGGAGCCGCCCGCCGCCGCCCGCCGCCGCCGGGGAGCCCCCGCAGGACCCGGCCGACGGCGGCCCCGCCGGGCGGAGGCCGAAAGGAGCCCGCUGUCUGAGGCUGCGCUCCCCGCAAAGGCCGCGGAAGGGACCGGGCCCGCCGAGCCCCGGCGGCCCCCCGGCGUCGCCCCGACCCGCCGUCGGCCGCCCCCUGCUAGGCAGUUUCGAGGAGUCGCUGCUCAGAGGCCGCUUCGCGCCGUCCGGCCACAUCGAGGGCUUCACGGCGGAGAUCGGGGCCAGCGGCUCCUACUGCCCGCCGCACGUCACCCUGCCGGUGUCCGUCACCUUCUUCGACGUCUCCGAGCACGGCGCCCCGGCCCCCUUCCUGGGCGUCGCGGACCUGACCCCGCUGGGGCGGAAGGGCUACGGCGUCCCCAAGGCGGGCACCGUCCAAGUGACCUUAUUUAACCCCAACCAGACGGUGGUGAAGAUGUUCCUCGUGACCUUCGACUUCUCGGACAUGCCCGCCGCCCACACGACCUUCCUCCGCCACCGCCUCUUCCUGGUGCCCGUGGGGGAGGGGGACGGGGCCGGCCCCGCCCGGCGUCUCCUCUGCUACCUGCUGCACCUCAGGUUCCGGAGCUCCCGCUCGGGCCGGCUGUACCUGCACGGGGACCUGCGGCUGCUCUUCUCCCGCCGGAGCCUGGAGGUGGACACGGGACUCCCCUACGAACUCCAGGCGCUGACCGAGGCCCCCCGCCAGCCCCGCUACUCGCCCCUGCCCUGACCCGCCCGCCCCCGGGGGUCGCCGCCCGCGAGGCCUCCGCUCCGGCUGGCCGGCGGAGGGGGGGCGGCGGCCCGGCCGAGGACGUGUCGUCGGCGAUCCGUCGCCCAGAGGCCGGCCGGUCCUCCCCGGGCCCCUCCGGCUCCGCCCCUCCGCCCCCCUCCGGGCCGG